AUGACGACCCAUCCCCGAAGCCUGGGUAGGCCCAUGUAUCCAGAGGCCCAGAGCUAUAACGAGGGGGAGGCAAUACCUAUGCAAUCUGCAGAAAUCCAACGACAGUCGAAACAGAUAGGAAGAUCGAUCGAUCGAUCGAAUCAAGCAAUGUCUGGUUAUGAGAAUAUUGUGGGUGGGAAACUGAAGCUAAAGGGAAAAGCUUUGGAUGUGAAAGCUGGCAGCAUUAAGAAGAAGAAAAAGAAACAUCAGAAGAAACAUAUCGACUCCUCCGACCAAGUCAUUGAUAAUGAGCUUUCUACAGGCCAAAGCGUAGAAGAACCAAUUGAUGAUGUUAACGAGAAAGAUAUAAAAAAUGAUGAUGGAGAAAAGACGAGCGAGGAAGGAAAGACUGCUUCUUACAUCGAUCAUCUCACACCUGCAGAGAGACGAUACAUUGAGCAGAGAGAGAGAAUUGAUGUUCAUAGGAUGGCAAAAGAAGCUGAUAAAUCUCACCGUGACAGGAUUCAAGAUUUCAAUCAAUAUUUGGCAAACAUGAGCGAGCACUACGACAUUCCUAAAGUUGGCCCUGGCUGA